ACCAGCCGUCACCGCGCGUCACAGGCGGCUUCAUUAUUUAAACUUGAGUCAGGAGGAGGAAAGUUUUCAGGGUCGGGACAUCGUUGCUUAGCAGCUCCAGGCGCAGGACUCCGGCUGCCUCACGUCGGCUCUUUUCACUGCAGUUUAUCAAGGAAGCGCGGUCUUGUCCCCUGCUCGGCGUCAUCCGUCUGUCUGUGUGCCUCUCGCAGUCUCCGUGCCAAACAUGUCCCACACCGUGACGCUAAAGGGACCCUCUCCCUGGGGCUUCCGACUGGUGGGAGGACGGGACUUCAGCACGCCGUUAACCAUCUCCAGGGUAACAGCCGGCAGCAAGGCGGCCCAAGGCGACCUGUGUCCAGGCGACACCAUCCUGGCCAUCAAUGGCGACAGCACAGAGAGCAUGACUCACAUGGAGGCUCAGAACAGGAUCAAAGCCUGCACUGGGCAGCUCGCGCUCAACAUCAUCAGGUCGGGAUCCGGAGACAGAGUGUGGUCGCCGACUGUUAGUGAAGACGGCAAGACAAGUCCUUACACGGAGCCUGACUCACAGAAUUUCCGUCCCAUUAACAGCGGAUAUGGCGGUUUCAGCCGUAAACCUUCAUACACCCCCGAGCCCCAGUCCCCACCGGCCCCUCAGCCCACUUACGUGAAUAACGGCCACUCCAGACCCAACAACGGCCACAGCUAUGGAUACGGAAACGGACACGCUCAGUACAACAACCCGACGGGGCUUUACGCUGGCAGCAACGGGGACAAGUUUCUGCCAAGCAAGAUGGGCGGCCUCAACCUCAGCGCCACACACAGCCCAGAGCCUCCCAUGCAGCCUCUGAUGCAGCCUCCCAUGCAUUCUCCCAUGCAGCCUCCCAUGCAGCCUCCCAUGCAGCCUCCCAUGCAGCCUCGCAUGCAGUCUCCCAUGCAGUCUCCCAUGCAGCCUCCCAUGCAGCCUCCCAUGCAUUCUCCCAUGCAGUCUCCCGUGCAGCCUCCCAUGCAGUCUCCCAUGCAGCCUCCCUUGCACUCCCCCGUGGGCCGCAAUGGUUUCAACACACAGUCGGACGUCUACAAGAUGCUGCAGGACUACGAGGAGCCCGUCUCUGAACCCAAACAGUCCGGCUCCUUCAAGUAUCUCCAGGGAAUCCUGGAGGCUGAGGAUGGAGGUGUGUCCCCCACAGAGAGAAUGAGAAACUUGAAGUCUCCAGUCAGGUCUCCGAUCCCCAAACUGGGAAGCCCCAUUCCCAGCCCCAUGCCUGGUCUCCAGAAGCUCCCGCAGUGCACACGCUGCUGCAACGGCAUUGUCGGCACCAUCGUGAAGGCCAGGGACAAGCUGUACCACCCCGACUGCUUCAUGUGCGACGACUGCGGCAUCAACCUCAAGCAGAGAGGCUACUUUUUCAUCGAGGACAAUCUGUACUGUGAGACCCACGCCAUGGCGCGCGUCCAGCCCCCCGAGGGCUACGACGUUGUGGCAGUGUACCCCAACUCCAAGGUGGAGCUUGUCUGAGACGGAGGUGGUGGAGCCGGUCAUUCUGUAAUAUAAGCGGGACGCCAGAAUAUGGGAGGAUGGGUCUACUGAGUAUCUUAGCCUGGGUUUUAUUUGGCUCCGUCAGGGGGGAAUGACGCUCUUGGAUCUUGGAGUUUUUACCUUUUCGCAGAGUCCUAUGAAAUGUGUGUUUCUACACUGACUGACCUAAUGACAUGCAAUAGACAUCAGGCGUCUUAAAAUAUGUAAAAGCAUCUCCAACCCAUUAACAAGCUGAUAUUGUUCCCCACUCAACCAUUGAAUCCUACACACACACAACUACCAGUUAAGGACAAAACAAUGUUCAAAUCCACAUCACAGGCACAUUACCAGAUUAUCCCAUGUAAAAAGAAUACAAGAAAUAAGCAUUGCAGUUAACACAAGAGAUGUUUGAGCUGAUUGGUCUGUUUGCUGUGAUGACGUGUGCAGAGGAGCUGCUGAAUUUCCAUUUCACCCAUUAUAGCGACAGUUUCCCAGACAGAACGCUCCACUAGGAAAUUGCCUGUGUUCUGCAAAGUCGCCUAAAGGUAUUGGUGAUAUAUUGUUUAACGCUUAAAUGGGUUUAAAGGUUUCUGUGUCUUUUUAAACUAUAACUUACAGUUACACAUUAUACUCCUGCUGCCGUUGGACUUUUGCAUUUGUAAUUUACAUGUUCAUUUUUCAGACUUUUAUACAGUUACGCAAACUGGGGAGCAUCUCUCUUUGAUUGUCACUUUUUUUUUUUUUGCUCACUUUCCUGUUACGUGUAAUUCCUUAUAAGCAGAUCGGGGUAUGGAAUGUGCGUCAGUUUGCUUUGAGGUGUGGGUUUGCUGAACUAUAACCUGCAGUGGACGCCUCGGUACACAGCUAUGAAAACACCACCUUCUGAAAUGCCAACAAAAACUGCAGGAGACAUUUUCAAAGCUCUGCGAGAGUCUCGGUUAAGAUUUAGUCAAAGUGUGUGAGCACAAAAAAACCUGAAUUCAUUUUCCAGCAAAUUGCCACAAAUGCAGUGAAUUUAUUCCCAGCAAAGGAGAUAAAGUGCUUCUGGCUCGUGCACCUGACUGGGAGAGGAAUUUGAGCUCUCACACUGAAGAAUUCCAGUUCACGGAGGAGAGAGCACAGAGUUCAGCGGGUGUGUUUAUGAAAAACACUCCGGGUUAACGCUCUCCGCCCGCUCGCCACAUCCUCUAAAAGCAAGCAUGUGCAUUCGAGGAGAUAGAGCCGUAGAAAACUGUUAGAAACUCGUAAAGUGGGGCUCCACAGUCGACAACAUGUGGGAGCAAUAUUCGCCGAGCGUAGAGGUUUGGACCCACUGCGGAGAAACAUCACUGUUCCUCUUUUUGGAGAGAUGGAGAGACACAGAAGUUGGAGGUCUGCGUAGUUUUUUUAUUCCCUUCCUACUCUGAAUUAAUAUUUUUGCUCACAGCCAAGAGAUAAAUGAAAUAUUUUUGUACUUGUCUUUUAAAGAGAGAGAGAGAGAGCGAGAGAGGGAGGAAAGAAAUGAGGGGACGGCGCAGGUUUUCUUCUCUUGACACACUUUUUUUUUUUAUUACGAUAUCAUUCUUGGCGUGUUGUGAACUGGGUGGAGAAGAGUGAUUUGUUGCUUUUCCUAACAAAACUACUUGGAUCAUUUCAGAUGAGAAAAUGAACUUUGCCGUGCUGAUAUCCGUCUUUUUUUGUUUUUCUAGAUAUCAACAAUGUCGUGUAGCCACUGGUAUGCCAUCUGUACUAGUCACCUUGUAAAUUAUGUGAAAAUGAUAUUGCUACCACAUUGCUCCUUUGGUAUUGUAUAUAUUUGUUUUUAUCGUGAUUGCUUUAACAUACAUAAAACAUGUGUACUCACAUGCCUUUUGCAUAGCCUGUGUCCUUUACAUGAUUUCUUUGACACAAAUCCUCUUUUUGUGUUUAACUUAUUGUUCUACCAACACGUGUUUUUGUCCUGGAUAUUCUUAUUUGCCUUCUUUUUUUUUUUUAGGAUCUGAAUAAAAUGAGAAAUGAAUUACAA